ACAGGCAGAAUGGACGGCUUAGUUUUGAGAGUACGAGUUUACCGUAGGCUACACGUCAGUGCGGGGCAUGGGUCCCAUCCGCACCCGCCGUAUCGAGGCCGAUCUCUGAUGGGGACUGGGGUGAGCAAGAACACUAAAGAUACAGUAUCAGAAUCAACGGGAACACCGAGUAAACAUCCGUCCAUCAUCAUAACAGCACCGUCCAACGACGACCUCUUCGCACCGACAACAGACAAACCCCUUAUCAUCCGGGAGGCCAGACCGGGGGUUCCGAUAUAUGUCGGUCGCCGGCCGUUUCCUUCCUCGAAAGCAAAGAGCCACUAAACUCCAGGGUUUUGGGUCGCCAAAAGUAUGGAGCCGACGACGGACACGGACCCCGAUCCUAUCAAGCUAAAAACUCUCAGGCAGCCGGGAACAUUUACAGUACCACCGCAAGAGAGGCUGGGCAGGUGCAGAAGUGUGAAGGAGUUUGAGAAGCUGAACCGGAUUGGAGAGGGAACCUAUGGGAUUGUGUAUCGAGCCCGAGACACACAGACUGAUGGGAUUGUGGCUCUGAAGAAGGUCCGCAUGGACAAGGAGAAAGACGGGAUCCCCAUUAGCAGCCUGCGGGAAAUCACCUUGCUGCUGCGACUCAGACACCCCAACAUCGUGCAGCUGAAGGAGGUGGUGGUGGGGAGCCACCUGGAGAGUCUGUUCCUGGUGAUGAGUUACUGCGAGCAGGACCUGGCCAGCCUGCUGGAGAACAUGCAGACCCCCUUCUCCGAGGCGCAGGUUAAGUGUAUUGUUCUGCAGCUGCUUAGAGGACUGGACUACCUGCACCAUAACUUCAUCCUGCACAGGGACCUGAAGGUAUCCAAUCUGCUGAUGACAGAUAAAGGCUGUGUAAAGAUUGCGGAUUUCGGACUGGCCCGGGUCUACGGGAUCCCACAGAAGCCCAUGACUCCCAGAGUGGUGACGCUGUGGUACAGAGCACCUGAACUACUCCUGGGGUCAAAGACACAGACCACUGCCAUCGACAUGUGGGCCGUGGGCUGCAUCCUGGCGGAGCUGCUGGCCCACAAGCCCCUGCUGCCGGGCAGCUCGGAGAUCCAGCAGGUGGACCUGAUCGUGCAGCUGCUAGGGACGCCCAACGAGAACAUCUGGCCGGGGUUCUCUCGCCUGCCGCUGGUUGGACAGUACAGUCUGAGGAAGCAGCCGUACAACAACCUGAAGAAUAAGUUCACCUGGCUGUCAGAGGCUGGACUCCGCCUCCUAAACCUGCUCUUCAUGUACAACCCCCAACGCAGGGCCACUGCUGAGGACUCCUUGGAGAGCUCCUACUUCAAGGAGAAGCCACUACCGUGCGAACCAGAACUUAUGCCCACCUUCCCCCACCACCGCAACAAGAGGAUGGCCGUGGCCACCGUCGAGAACCAGCCAAAACGCAGCAAAGUGUGACCCCUGCCCCUGGGGCGUGCCGGACCCUCUGUACGGGAUCCCCGGAGCGGAUUGGGACUGAAACGCGGGGCGGACCCCACCUGUAUACACGCGCGUUUACACACGGCGCGGCUAAGUGUUGAGCGCGCCGGCGCUGAACGUCAGCAUCGUUUGCGUUGGGGGCCUGUGUGCUGCAUUGACAGGUAAAGGUUCAAGGACCAGUUUGCGCAGUGCAGGUUUUGGGGUCCCGUGCCCAGGAGGGGUCACUUUUUCAGAGUCCUCCUACCCUCGCCUUCACUGCCGCAUGCUGAGAGCCAAGACCCGCGUCACACUCCGCGCUGCGCUCGUUAGCAUCAGCAUGUGCAAUACAGCAAAUGGGAAACGCACCAUACCAAGACAAAAAUAAACGGUCAUUACUUAGAUCUCUACGUUCAA